AGGGGCAGGGCAGUCCUCCUGCAGGAACUGACCUGCAGCAUCGGGGCUGGGAAGGGGCCGCCUGGGCGCCAUGAGCGCAACAACAGGUCUGCCUGGCUGGAGGCAAAAGUUUUCUUUUUCUCUCCACUGAGGUACCUGGAAUACAAGAAGAUCCCCAAUAGCAGUCCACCCGAGUAUGAAUUCCUCUGGGGCCUGCGGGCCCGCCAUGAGACCAGCAAGAUGAGGGUGCUGAGAUUCAUUGCUCAGCAUCAGAACCGAGACCCCCAGGAAUGGAAGGCUCAUUUCUUGGAGGCUGUGGAUGAUGCUUUCAAGACAAUGGAUGUGGAUAUGGCUGAGGAACAUGCCAGGGCCCAGAUGAGGGCCCAGAUGAACAUUGGGGAUGAAGCUCUGAUUGGACGGUGGAGCUGGGAUGACAUACAGGUGGAGCUCCUGUCCUGGGAUGAGGACGGAGAUUUUGGCGACGCCUGGGCCAGGAUCCCCUUUGCUUUCUGGGCCAGAUACCAUCAGUACAUUCUGAAUAGCAACCGUGCCAACAGGAGGGCCACUUGGAGAGCUGGCAUCAGCAGUGGCACCGAUGGUGGGGCCAACACCACCAUCCUAGAUGGCCCUAGCACCAGCUCCACCAUCCGCACCAGAAAUGCCGCCAGAACGAGUGCCAGCUUCUUCUCCUGGAUCCAACAACGCUGAUGGACUGCAGCAAUCACUCACCCAGCCAGAGUGCCUCCUCAGACUCCAUGUUCACAUAGCACUCUCGGCAGCCUCUGCUUGCCCAUGGAAGGUGGCAUGCAAGACUAAGUUCUCUCUGCCCUCCUGCUUUCAUUGUGUGCUGUUCUCGUGCUGUCAUGUUUUUGGUAUCAGUGUUACAUUAAAGUUGCAAAACGAA